UUCAUAUAAAAAUAAUCACAAUGGAGCCUUACAAUGUCAUAGCUGAUAAGAAAUCAACCAAACCAAUAGAGAAACUAGAGUCCUUGAAAAAUGAUGCCAUAGAUUUCUUUAAGAAGCAAGUUGAUGAAGAAGAGAAACUAGAACGAGAUUCAAAUGGAGAAAAUAGCGUCAAUGACUAUUACGGGAAAAUGGAUUUUAACGUGAGAAAUGCCAUAAAUCUUCGAAAAGAAAAGGAUAAUAAGAGCGACUUUUACUACAAGCUCCAGACCCUUAACGAUCGUAUUUCUGUAUACAAGGAACUUUUCCUUAAUAGCGAACCCAAAAUUCUUGAUUUCAAGUACAAAAUUAAUGCGAUGAAAGAGCCAAAUAAUAAUCCCACAAAGAAAGUAAAGUCUAUCAAAAAAUUGAGGAUGAGAAAGAGGUCUCACUCUAAAAUGAUGAGCGGUCCGACCUCCCAUUAUGAAAAUAUUAUCGAUCAGAACUUUAAGAGUCCAUUUAAAAGUUCUGCUAACAUACAAGAGUUAUAUAUGGACAAUAACAGACAAGGAAAAGGUAUCGUCAAACCAAGACCUAUGAAAGGAAUGGACAUCCAUUUAUCUUCAGUCUCUCUUACAGGUAAAAGGUCGGCUUCAUUAAUCUCCCCUGGUCUUUCCAAGAUCAACAACGAUGAAGUAAAAAACAAUGAGAAAUUGCCUCAAGAAAAUGGCUCAUUCUCCUCUCCGAUCAAACUCCCUGCAACUGACACCAAUAAUGAGGACAACUUUGAAGCUGGCCAAGACCCAAAUAAUCAAAAUUUUAAUGAAAACCCAAAUUUUCUCCAAAUCGAAAGCAUCAAGGAAGAACCCAAAUUUGAAGAUAAGCCAAAUGCCUUCUCUAGAAAGAAUUCUAAGAAAAAGCAGCAAACCAAGGAGUUCCCUUUUAUUCGGAAAAGUAAAACUAAAAAUAAGUCAGAUAAUGAAUCCAAUAUUGAGAAAGACAAACUUCUCAGGCAGAAAAUCAAAAAUUUAGAGAAAAGAAUUAGUAAAAUCAAGGGAAAGAGGAAAAUAAGCUGUCAAAAGAACAAAUCAUCUAGACUAUAUCGCAAGUUUAGCGAGUCUCAGAAAAAAUUAGAGCAAAACAAGACACCAUCUAAGAAUCUUAGUAUUGACAAUAAGUCAAAAACUGCAAAUCUUGGGACUAAUGAGCCAAGGACUACUGUGAAUAAGAAGAAUAAGAAUAAUUCUCUUCAUUUGAGUAUUUCUCCUGCUACUAAAAGAACAAAUAUACGCCAUAAAAAUAGGCCACCAAAGUAUGAUCAUAAUGAGUCCAAUACCUCAAGAGCUCAGAACAGGAAGAUGUAUACUGUACAGCAGAGUUAUGAUAGCGGCGGGGCUAUGCCUGACAUUAAGCAACCAUUGAAGUCAUACAAUCAAAAGUCAAUGACCUCUAGCAAUAAAGCAAAUAUUUUUAAGCUAAAGCGAGUUUCUAAAAGAGAGAAUUCCAAUACCAAAAGCAACAUAAUUUUUAAUAAUAUUGCCAAGUUAAAGCAGAAGAGCUACCGAAAGUUGAUACUUCACAAAGACAUGCCUAUAGGAAAUUCCAAAGCUCUACCUUCGAUAAGAUCCAGCUCUCAACCAAGAAUCACUGCUACUACAGACUCAAGUGAAGGAAAGACAAAGCAUCCUUUCGGGUUUAAGAUAGCCAGAAAUGCUUCAUCUAUUAGAUAAAUCACUCUUAAUUUCAACCAGAAGGCUUAAUUAA